GUCGAUGAGGCUUUUGCAGAGUCAAUUAGGACGUCUCUGAAGAGAAGUUGAACGAAGCACCAAGUCCUACAUGGUAGCUAGAGGGGAAUGGAGAUGGCUCCCUCCAUCGUGUGCCGCAGGCGUUCUGCCGCACGUUGUCAGCAUGACAGGUCAAUUUAGAGUUUUGGGAUUAAAUCUAACUUGCACCUGGAAGAAAGGUGCAGCUGUUGAGUUGAGCGACCCGCAUUUGCUUUGUCUCCAUGCUGUUGACAAUGCACCGACUGUGAGAUUCAACUUUUAGAAAACUUACCCAGGGGAUCCCACUUUCAACUCUCGUUGGUUUUUUCCCAGUCUCCAGCAUACUUUCUUCAGCCAAUCCUAGCCCGUAGCUGUAACCAUCGGUAUUGAAGGGUGCGGGUCUUGGAAACCCAUGAAAUUGAGCUCUACGGGCAAGCUGUAUGUCUCGGUCUGAUUGCAUGCGAUAGCAAGCAGAGCUGCUUCGUCAAGAGCAAAUGUUACCUUACGAGAGCCGGGUUGGAUUUUGUCUGCGGAGCUAGCUAGAAGGGAGCGAUGUAGGCACACAGUAUAGGAUUUUUUGUCGAGUGGAAUGACAGGACAGCUUGACAGAGCAACGUCCCGCACCAGCGACUGCAACACGAUUGCUCCUAGAAUGUUCUUCAUCCCAGGCCUCACAUGCAUCCAAGAAUUUGCGGCUCUUGGGAGUGCCGGCUUGACUGACGCCGUCCCCAAGGCAUGAGCUUAACAGCAGGCUCGCAGAAGUCGCUGCAGAUGGUUGGCCUGGGGAUGGCUAAUCUGAUGUACGGACAUCAGAUGCCCAAUGGACAGUUGCCUUCCGGCCGAAAUGGAACGGCCGUGGCAAUGCUGAAGCAGGGGCCAUAUCUAAAAGGAGUGGGGGCACGACCAUCUGGGUCUGAGCAGCAGACCGCGGGGGUCCUCGCAGGAGCGCCGAAUGGCCAAGCCGGUGGCAGCAAGCUGUUGAGCGGCGAGUGGCCAUCUCGCAGCUUUCCUUUUGACCAGGCGCAGGAGGAGCAGCUGACAACGAUCCACAGGCUGCUCCAUUCUGCAAUCAACAACGUUGAUCAAAAUGCGGCGGGCAUCGUCCUAGACGGCACCUUCUUCCCCUUUUCCGCACAGUGCACCCCCUUCCAGCCAGGGCGGGGCUUCCUCCUGCCGCCGGAAGUGGAAGUCAGAUGGGACGAUUCUCUGCCCUUCCCACAGAAGCCCGUGGAGCAGAGGGUGCUGGUAUAUUACCCCGCGGAGAAGCGAGUGAGGUGGGAAGCGCAGACCAACGGCAGGAAGCAGGUGGAAGGGACAGCGCUGUUGGUGGAGAGCAGGACGUACACGCUGCAGCUGGAGAAAGAGCUGUGCAUCAAGUACGAAAUGCGGCUCAGCCAGGACGUGCUCAACUUCAUGCAGGCCAAGUCAAGUCCUACGCUGAUCAGCCAUGCAGUCCGGCCCUUCCGCAUGAGGGCAAGCACGUUCCAGUCUCCGGAGAUUGCGCUCUCCGUGUCAUCAGCAGGCGCUCUGCAUCCUGACAGUACCUGGCAAUCUAGAAGCGGCGCCUCGUCCGACACCCGUCUCAGCCGGCUGAGCGGGACCCCCCCAAUGGAACCGAGCAAUGCCAAGGCCAUCUCCAACCUGUUCCUCUUCCACCGCAAGCUUCAUUUCCCGGAAAGAGCCCCACCCGAGUCAAGCCUCCAGAGCGCGCGCUUCGCAAAGCAGGCUGUCAGGGAUGUCAAGCCGCCCCACUUGAACGGGGUGUCUUUGCCUGCCCCCGGCCUUAACACCAAGCCAGCCAUCACAGCCGCCAUGCUGGCGCGGGGCCGCACGCCGGCCGUCCCCAUGAGCCAGACCCUCUCCAGGCUCCAGAACGGGGGCGCUGCCCUGCAGCAGGCGCAGGUGAUCCUGCAGCCGGGGCUAACCGGCACACGGGGUGAGAAUGGUGCGGAAGCAAAUGGGGCGCGGCCAGGGAGCGGGGGAAUGGGGCGUCCGCCGAGCUCGCACAGCCAGCGGUCGGGGUCGGAGAACGGGCAGGCAAUGCGGGGGCUCAACGGGUUGGCAAAUAUGCGGUAUAGCGCGUCGCAGGAGCUCAACAGCUGGGCGCCGGCGCUGGCUAAGAUGGCGGAGGGGGCCCGGAUGGGCGUGCCGGAGAAGCCCCGGGGUGCGCCCCUGCAGCAGCAGAAUGUGCCUGCCCCAGUUGCGGGUCUGAGUAGAGCCCCGCCGCUGGGGUACACUAUGGAUAAAAUCAGCCGGCUGUCUGCACAGCAGCAGAGCCUGCUCCUACAGCAAGCGCAGCUGUUGCAGCAGCAGCGCCAGAUGCAGCAGCCGCCGCCACCCAAGCCCAUGCCCGGGCUGAGUAACAUGAUCCCCACCCCCGGAUACGUGCCCCAGCCUCAGCCUGAGCCGCAACCACAGCCGCAGCCGCAGCCAGCGCCGCCAGUUAGUCAAACGGAGCAGGUUAAGAAGCAGGUCAAAAAGAGCCGGGGCAAGAAGGUGGCCCCCGGAAAGCAGGGAGCCAGCUCAGGGUCCCGCCAGCUGUCGCCCGCGAGCUCGGCCGCCAACUCGUCGGCCGGCUCCCCGCCGCUGUCGCCCGCCACUGCGGCCCGAAACCCCUCCCCCAUGACGCUGCCCCCGUCCACGUACGACCAGAACAUCCCCAUUGCGCAGCUCCUGAAAGCCAAUCGGAAGAAGCACAAGAGCGAGAUCGCGAGCGGCGGCUCGUCCCCCACUGCUAGCCGAGACUCUUUGAAGCAGCCCCAGCGUCCGCUGCAGCGCACCACAUCCUCCUUGUCCGGAGGGUCGUUCCUUUCCAACCCCGGCCCCAACCAUGGCUCGCCGUCCGUCCCGGAGGCCGCCUCGCCCAGGGGAGGGGCGACCAUGAUCCCCACCCCCGGGCUCUCCCUCCUGGGGCCGAACCGGGGCCACCCCGCUGCGGGGGUGCUUCCUUUCCUCCCUACCGACGCUACAAGCACUGGAUCGCUCUUGGACUCCCCCCGCUUCAGCAACGCCCUCACUGGGCGGGGCCAAAACGGGUCGUUCGCGGCUGCUGCGCGCAGCAGCGACAGUCUGCAGGGUCUGGGGGGGGUGGGGGUGGCGGGCCACGGCGGCACACCCCUCCCGCCGGACAUGGCGUCCUUUGGGAUGAUACCCACACCGGGGAUGAUCCCCACACCGGGGAUAAUCCCAACGCCCGGGAUGGCCGCGGGGGGGCGCUCCUGGGAGCCAAGCGCGGACCUGCUGUCGGACCUGCAGAGCUCGGGCACGAACGGGGGGGAGCAGCUGCUGGAACAGUGGCCGCAGCAGCCCGGCAGCUUCAUGGACAUGCUGACGGACGACGCGGGAGGGGGGGCGCCCGACACGGAUGGGGCAGCUGCGGGGGCCGCGGCCGCCGAUGCGUCGGCGGACCCUUUCAAGGAGGUGCUGGAUUCGCUGGACUUGGACUUGUUCCAGGAAGAUGGGGGGCUGACGCCAAGAGAACAGGGGGGGGUGGCGCCGGGGUUGGUGCAAAGUGGUCAGAAUGGUGCGGGAGGGUUGGCGAACUACAGGGACAGCCGGGCGGGGAUGGAGCUGGAGAUGCAGGGCGGGGGACAGCCAGGUGCAUCAGGGAAUCUGUGGCAGGCGCACCUUCCAGGGUCUGGCUUUGCCGGCGCCCAAAUUGGGUUCGGGAAUGGUUACCCGCAGGCAAGCUCGGGCCUCGAUCAUCGAGUGAAGGAGCUGCCCAUUGGCGGGGACAGCGGUAUGGUACCACCCUAUAUGCAGUUGCCGCUGGAUCAGAGCGUCCAGCAGGCUCACGCCAACACGAGUUACAUCAGCUGGGACCCCGGGACAAGCCAGGAGGCUCCUGGUACCGAGAGGAGUGCCACGUUCGCUCACGACAUGGCAAGUCCGGCCCCGAGUCAAGCUCAAGUUGACCCGAUGGGCUUGGACGCCAACGGGGACCCCGGUCUGACUGGGGCGCUAGAUGAGCUCAUGGAGCUGGAUGCUGACUUCCUAGAUAUAAACCUAGACGACGGCACGCUUUUCGACGGAGGCAUUGGAGAGGGCGAUUGGUCCAUAGGAGGGUUCUAAGCGUUUUGCAUAACGAGCCAGAGCUCAGAUCUUAAAGGCGCAUCUAGGCGCCUUCAGAGACCUGUUCUUGAGUACUAUAUCCAUCAUAGGGCAAAGCUAGCAAGACCAAAAUGUUAGGCAUCUUGUUUGAACUGGCCAUCUUUUCGUCGAAAUGAGGUUGGGUGCUUUGGCAUCCGAUUCAGUCUUAAGUCACUUGGUUAAACCUUCUUUUAGCAUUAAAGUCGUCAGAUCAGAUUCGUACUUGGAGAGUUAAAUGAGGAGAUUAUACUAGAUACUAUUUGUGCGUUUUCCCCCUUGGAAUGUC